AUGCCAAAUCGCCGACGUACGAACGUGUACACUUACGAUUGCGAUGCGUCAUUCACUGCCGAACUUGAAAGCGACGACUACAACAACGACGUCUUCGUACGAAGGAGCAGAAAUGUGGCUCGGGCACCGACACAGACCGAUAUCGGCGAUCUCUGCGAUGACGAUUUGGAUGUGGAAGACCAAAUCAGGUUAUUUGAUGGCAAUAUUCAGUCAACUGACCCUGGGACAACGGUGCUUCUUGAUGCCGUGGAGGAGCAGUGGCGACAGUAUAUGCGCGCAAAAGAAACGCGGAAUCAAGAAGAAGAGCUCUUUGGCACAUACUGGAAGGUCUUUCGACUCUUCUUCGAGAGAGCCGUUCUUCGAGAUUUAGGGAAGGAACACCGUUUGAUCGAGCAGCGGCGAGAUAAUCGUUGUAUAACGAUCGACAAUCUCAAGCAGCGGAUCAGGGCGACUCUGAGCACGACAAAUAAGUCGUUAAAGCUUGGAGAGCUGCGCAUCCUCGCCGUGCUCUUUGUCCUUCUGCUUGCUCCGGCCGGUUCUCGCCCAGAAGCGACUCUGAACCUGCGGUUCAAGGACAUCAGGGUCGUUCUGGCCAGAGACCCAGAAGGCGGACCACACAAACUUCCCUCCGCUUUACUCUGGAGUUCACCAAAAGCUAUCUUGGUGAGAAGGAACAUUGAGAAAACAUACUCCAUCCCCGAGACGAUGUUCGAUCCGUUCUUGCUCCUAAUCCUCCAUGUAUUCCUCCUAAGCGUCCUCUUCCAACAUCGAGCUUUCAAUGCAUGCAGCCUCACCUCGCCGCACCAUCUUGAUAACCUCGAUAUACGUCCUGGCGAGCGGGAGCUGCCACUGCCGUCAAGGGAGGACCUGAACGAUAUCUUCAUAUUUCGUCGGGCCAUCGAGACAUUGACGGGCUAUCAAAUUUCCACCAACGAUCGUAUUACCUCUGAGAUGAUGGCGGCGUGGAUUCAGAGAAUCGGCGAAAUACUUGGGAUCGAGUACCCUACGAUAGCGUAUAACCUACGUUAUAAUGCUGCCAACGCGUUCGAUCAAAGCGUCGACGUCAGCGAAGCUCUCCGGAAUCUCGCUCUAGGACAUGGCAACUCCGAUCCUUUCCAGAGACACUACCUCGGACGUAACAUUUUGGCCGACCUUUGGGGCGUCCUCCGGGGGCAGAAGCCACAACAGGCGCUCAAGAAGCAGUCUUGCAGCAUAGGUCUCUCCAUCUCCGAGCAACUGCCGCAAGGCUCCAAACAGUACAACAAAGUCAAUCGAGCGAGGCAGAACGAAAAGCCGAGGCUUCGGAGAGAACUCAAACAGGAAAUCAGAGACGAGUGGACUGACAAGCAAGCCACAGACGACAUCGAGCGUCAGAUACAUGGUAUCGGAUUUGCCAACCCUGCGACGGACAACACCUGUCGACCUCAGGGCCCAGCCCAAAGACACCUGAUGACGAAACUCACCGCCCCGAUCGUGACCACGCUCGAAGGUCAAUACCGACGGAGGGAUGAAGCUAUCGAGGCUGUUUCCGCAUAUUAUCUUGUCCAGGAAGGAUGUACUGCUGCAGUUCGUUACUCUACUUCUGAUCCGCCUGAGGGCGGCCAGCUGGACCUCGCCACACGAUCCGUUUUCAUCACUAACGAUCAGGAGUGGCUCAAGAGAUACUUUGUCUAUAUUAGCCGGGCCUUAGAUUUACCUCCGGAUAACGGGGGACAGUUAGACAAUCUCACCCUUGAGUUCUACACGUAUAAUAACUUGACCAAACACUUUCGGCAUAAAUACUUGUCCAAAAUUGCGGACGGUAAUGAACGGAGUGCAAGAUUUAUAAAAUAA